AUGUGGGAUAUGGAGGUUCACCUUAAUAAAAUAAAGGCUUUUAGGAGGAUUUGGCUUAACUUAAAGGUUAAGGAGAAUAUGUUGAUUCAAAAGUCUAGGCUUAAGUGGUUAAAUGAUGGAGAUUCCAAUAGUAUAAUUUUUCAUCGAGUUAUGAAGGAAAGAAGGAGUAAGAACUAUAUUGGCUCUUUGAACACUUCGAUUGGUAUGGUGACCUCGGUUGGAGACGUGAAGGAAGCGGUUAGAGGGCAUUUUGAUCUUAAAUUUAAGGAGGAGUGCACCGAUAGACCUCUAGUGGAUGACGUUUUUGUGAAAUCAUUGAGUUUGGAAGAUAGUUUAUCUUUAGAGGUUCCUUUUACGAUGGAGGAGAUUAAAGAGGCGGUGUGGAGUUGUGACGGUUCUAAAAGUAUGGGCCCGGAUGGUAUUUCUCUUCUUUUUUUCAAGAAGUGUUGGUCUUUUGUUAAAGAAGACGUGGUUUCUUGUUUUAAUGCUUUUUAUUCCGAAACCGUCUUUUCUAAGGCUAUUAUCUCCUCUUUUCUAACGCUUGUCCCUAAAAAAGACAAUCCGUUAGACCUUGAUGAUUAUCGCCUGAUUUGUUUGGUGGGAAGCAUCUACAAGAUGCUUUCUAAACUUUUGGCUAGCCGUAUCAAGAGGGUUCUCUCUUCUAUCAUAUCUAAUUCUCAAAGUGCGUUUGUUCCGGGGAGACAAAUGCUAGAUGGGGUGAUUGUGGCUAACGAAAUUGUUGAUUUUGCUAGUAAGGAAGGAAAAAGUGUCUUCUUUUUAAGGUUGAUUUCGAAAAAGCUUAUGACAAAGUGUGUUGAGAUUUUCUUAGGUACAUGA